AUGACUGUUACCUAUUCCAGUAAAGUAGCUAAUGCCACGUUCUUUGGUUUUCACCGGUUACUGCUGAAAUGGAGGGGCAGCAUUUACAAGUUACUCUACAGAGAGUUCCUUGUGUUCAUCAGUUUAUAUACAACACUGAGCGUCGUAUACAGAUUGUUUCUUACAGAUACUCAAAAACGUUACUUUGAAAAACUAUCCCUUUACUGUGACAAAUAUGCUGAACAAAUCCCAGUAACAUUUGUUCUAGGUUUUUAUGUUACUCUUGUGGUGAACCGGUGGUGGAAUCAGUUCGUGAAUCUUCCAUGGCCAGACAGACUCAUGUUACUCAUCUCCAGCAAUGUGCACGGAAGAGAUGAGCAUGGACGGCUACUUCGCAGGACACUCAUGCGUUAUGUGAAUCUCACCUCAUUACUUAUCUUCCGUUCAGUCAGCACUGCAGUGUACAAACGAUUCCCAACAAUGGACCAUGUUGUAGAAGCAGGAUUUAUGACAGCAGAUGAGCGAAAAAUAUUUGACAACCUUCAAUCUCCUCACCUUAAGUACUGGGUACCAGUUGUCUGGUUUGGAAAUUUAGCUUCAAAGGCCAGGUCUGAAGGAAGAAUUCGUGACAGUGUUGAUCUUCAAAUAAUACUGAAUGAGAUGAACCGCUACCGGUCCUGGUGUGGUCUCCUUUUUGGCUAUGACUGGGUCGGUAUUCCUCUAGUGUACACACAGGUAGUAACUCUUGCGGUAUACACUUUCUUCCUCGCCUGUAUUAUUGGACGUCAGUUCUUAGACCCUAAACAAGCCCAUACAGGACAUGAUUUGGACCUCUACAUUCCAGUUUUCACGCUGCUUCAGUUCUUCUUCUAUGCAGGCUGGUUAAAGGUGGCUGAGCAGCUAAUUAACCCUUUUGGUGAAGAUGACGAUGAUUUUGAAACUAACUGGUGCAUAGACCGAAAUUUACAGGUUUCCCUUAUGGCUGUGGAUGAGAUGCACAUGAACUUACCAAAAAUGAAUAAAGACAUCUACUGGAAUGACUCUGAUAUGCGACCACCAUACACACUUGCAGCUGCUGACUACUGUAUUCCUUCAUUCAUGGGAUCAACAGUCCAUAUGGGACUGCCUGAUUCUGUAUUUCUACGUGAGGACUGGCUGCUGGAUGAAGAGAAGCACAGAAGACAAAAUUCUGUUCUCCGAAGAGUCAAGAGGUUCCUAAGUGUCCAUGAGCAUCCUGAAUCUCCUGUCAGAAGUGCUAUCAGUCGACAGGAAAGUGAUGCAUCAACUAUAUUUUUUCCUAGCGAAACUAAUUACAUAGCCAGUUUCCAUGAUGUUCCACUUAGAAGGCCAUAUUCUCAUGGUAUUAAGAGGCAUGAAUCUAUGGAUAAAAAGCCUGGCACCCCUAGAAGUGAUCUAUCAGUUAUUCGGGAGGCUAGUACAUCAAAUAUUUCAGAAAGACAACCAUCAAGGGUGAACAGUAUUACACCAAACUCAGCUUUACAUGUCCCUGAAGUGGUGGUUACUACAACAUUUGAAACCCCAGUUCAAAAUGUUGCCCCACAGCAGUCAAAUCCUUCAUCUAUAUCAAAUAAUGAAGAAAAUACUGAAUGUGUUCAGAAAAACAUUGAGCAACCAAGUUCUGAAAUUAUUUUUAAACAAGAUAUUCAGAAACAAGAGUCAGUACAAGUUCCAGUGAAUACAGAAAAGAAAGUGCCUGCUGAAAGCAAAAGUCCUGCUUCAGAUAGUCACCUAAAUCCAAGUGAAGAUUUGCUGGAUUUAUUGAGCCACAUUGACACCAAAGAAACAGACAUUGUCGAUUAUCAUGAUGAAAAGAAUGAUGGGAAUAAAUAA